CUUAACUUCUCAUCAGUUUCUCUUUAUAAGAGCUUCCUUAACUAUCACCAAACUCAACACCUCAAGCCCACGAUACCAAUAGCAAUAGGAUACGAAAUGCAAAGGCAUCACUACUGUCAUUUCCUUCUGAUUUCUUGCUUUUGUUUCUCUGCACUAGCUCUUUCAAGGAGCCAUAACAAGCAAUUCGAUCAGGCUUUGAACUAUGAGGGCUCCUCUGAUCUAGUGAACCUUGAGUACCACAUGGGUCCUGUCCUUGCUUCUCCUAUAAAACUUUAUGUAAUCUGGUACGGCCAUUGGAAUCCAACUCACCAAGCCACCAUAAGAGAUUUCCUCUACUCCCUUUCUUCCUCUUCCUCUUACCCUUCUGUCGCUGAUUGGUGGCGGACUGUCCGGCUCUACACUGACCAAACAGGAUCAAAUAUCACAGGGAGCAUCGUCCUCUCAGGGGAGUUCUACGAUUCUAAAUACUCCCAUGGUGGUUAUCUGAGUCGUUUAGCAAUCCAAUCUGUCAUCAGAACUGCAGUUAAUGCAUAUCCACGAGCUCUGCCUCUCAAUCCUCACAAUGGUCUCUACCUAGUGUUGACCUCUCCAGAUGUUCGAGUCCAAGACUUCUGUAGGGCAGUCUGUGGCUUUCACUACUUCACCUUCCCAAACAUUGUUGGAGUCACUGUACCCUAUGCAUGGGUUGGUCAUAGUGGGACUCAGUGCCCGGGCGUCUGUGCCUAUCCAUUUGCAUGGCCCAAGUAUUCAGGAAGGCCACCACCAAGCACAAAUGGAGGCAACAACAUAAUGCGUGCACCUAAUGGGGAUGUGGGUGCUGAUGGAAUGAUUAGUGUGAUUGCUCAUGAGCUGGCAGAAGUGUCAAGUAACCCACUUGUGAACGCAUGGUAUGCCGGGGAUGAUCCAACUGCACCUACCGAAAUUGCAGAUUUGUGUAUGGGUGUUUACGGGACUGGUGGGGGUGGUGGAUAUGUUGGUAAAGUUUAUAGGGAUUCUUGGGGAUCUGGCUAUAAUGUGAAGGGAGUGAAGGGAAGAAGGUUUCUUGUGCAAUGGGUAUGGAACCCUGUAAAAAAGAGAUGCUUUGGGCCAAAUGCUGCUGACUGAGAAUGUUUCUUGAUUUCCUCCACUACCUCUUGCUCCUGAUGUAUCUUAAAAUCUGCAAGACGGUAGGGUGUGCGGUUAACAAAUGGCAAUCGAAAGGAGCUAGGCCAGCACAUACUGAUGAAGGAUGAUAAUCAGGUUGCCGUGGACCCAAAUUUAUUGUGCUUUACAAAGAGCUGGUGCUUUAUAUGCUUUGCUCCUCGAAUUCCUAACUAGUUCUUUGUAUACAACAAGGAUCUAUAAAACAGUCAUGCAUGGAGCUGUUUUGUUAACGAAAAGUGUUGUCCAACUCUAGCAUGAAUAAACAAAAUCUUUUGCAGUGAA